CCGAGCCCCAGGAGCCGAGCCGGAGCGCCGGCCCCAGCGCCCGCAGCCAUGCCGGCCGGCCGCGCCGCGCGCACCUGUGCGCUGCUCGCCCUUUGCCUGCUGGGCAGCGCGGCCCAGGAUUUCGGGCCGACGCGCUUCAUCUGCACCUCGGUGCCGGUGGACGCCGACAUGUGCGCCGCGUCCGUGGCCGCCGGCGGCGCCGAGGAGCUCCGGAGCAAUGUGCUGCAGCUCCGCGAGACCGUGCUGCAGCAGAAGGAGACCAUCCUGAGCCAGAAGGAGACCAUUCGCGAGCUGACCACCAAGCUGGGCCGCUGCGAGAGCCAGAGCACACUGGACACGGGCGCCGGCGAGGCCCGGGCCGGCGGUGGCCGCAAGCAGCCCGGCUCGGGCAAGAACACCAUGGGCGACCUGUCCCGGACGCCGGCCGCGGAGACGCUCAGCCAACUCGGGCAAACUUUGCAGUCGCUCAAAACCCGCCUGGAGAACCUCGAGCAGUACAGCCGGCUCAAUUCCUCCAGCCAGACCAACAGCCUCAAGGACCUGCUGCAGAGCAAGAUCGAUGACCUGGAGAGGCAGGUGCUGUCUCGGGUGAACACUCUGGAGGAGGGCAAGGGCGGCCCCAGGAACGACACGGAGGAGAGGGUCAAGAUCGAGAGCGCCCUGACCUCCCUGCACCAGCGGAUCAGCGAGCUGGAGAAAGGUCAGAAGGACAACCGCCCCGGGGACAAGUUCCAGCUCACAUUCCCGCUGCGGACCAACUACAUGUACGCCAAGGUGAAGAAGAGCCUGCCGGAGAUGUACGCCUUCACCGUGUGCAUGUGGCUCAAGUCCAGCGCGGCCCCUGGGGUGGGCACGCCCUUCUCCUACGCCGUGCCAGGCCAGGCUAACGAGCUGGUCCUCAUCGAGUGGGGCAGCAAUCCCAUGGAGAUCCUCAUCAACGACAAGGUGGCCAAGCUGCCCUUCGUGAUCAAUGACGGCCAGUGGCACCAUAUCUGCGUCACCUGGACCACCCGGGACGGGGUCUGGGAAGCCUACCAGGAUGGCACCCAGGGUGGCAAUGGCGAGAACCUAGCCCCCUACCACCCCAUCAAGCCGCAGGGGGUCCUGGUGCUGGGCCAGGAGCAGGACACCUUGGGCGGCGGGUUUGACGCCACCCAAGCGUUCGUGGGCGAGCUGGCACACUUCAACAUCUGGGACCGCAAGCUGACCCCCGGGGAGGUGUACAACCUGGCCACCUGCAGCCCCAAGGCCCUUUCUGGGAACGUCAUCGCCUGGGCCGAGUCCCACAUCGAGAUCUACGGGGAGCCACCAAGUGGACAUUCGAAGCCUGUCGCCAGAUCAACUGAGGCUCCUGCCCAGCGGAGCCUCCUGCCCUCGGGCCGGCCCGCCCGCCUCCCCCCUGCUUGUGCGGUGAUGACUCCCUCGCGUCUUCUUCUCUCCCUCUCCCCAGGAGUGACUCAAGGCCCACGCACGCGCACGCACACAGCCCGGGUCGCCCUCGUGCCCGGGAGGCACCCCCAGGGUCUCAGCCCACCCCGUUCCCCGGUGGCUGCAGCACGGGGCCAGGCAGACGUAGGUGAGGAUGUGCGUGUGCGGCGGGUGCGUGUCGGGGGGAGGCGCUUUCCUCCAGAAGGAGCUGCCUCCUUUCCUCCUUCCUCUGUGGUGUUGGGAAAGCUUGCGACAGGCUGAGCAUCAGCACUUGGGACCCUGUGAGCUGCCCCCGGGCCUCGGGGCCUCCUCCACACGCACGUCUGUCUUGGCAAACCUUUUCCAGAGCCACAUCUCUACCGGGAAAAAAAAUGUCUCAGCGGUUGGUUCGAGGCCGGGGGGCUCUCCACAGAGAAUUUCUCUUUCCUGUUGGGAGCCAAUUCUCUCUGACCCGGGCCUGGGAUGGCAGCUCGUGAGGCAGGGAGAGUCUGUGGAGGGUUGGGGGGUGGGGCUGGCCUCAGGAGGUGGGCGGACCCCGUCCGGUGCCCAGGCGGCGCCCCUGCGGGUGGCGUCUGGGGCAGCGCUGGGCCUGGGGAGCUGGUUUGCAUGCCCAGCUCUCUGGUUCUGGCCCAGGACCGGGUCUCCGGCCCACAGUCACGCACCCUCUCGAGGGAGCCAUCCCUCCCUUUUGGCUGUCUGCUCGUGCCCCUGGGAAGGCUGUGGAAGCCAGCCUUCCCUGGCCCCUCUCCUUUGGCCUCUGGCAGUGGGAGCCCAGAGGCGUCCAUGGGUCAGCUCGACAGGGGACCUUUGAGACAAGGAAACCCACAUUCUGAUUGAGACCCAGCCAGUCAGGGCCGAUGACACUGGAACCGGACCCGUCAAUGAGAAGGUCCAAGCUAAUUUUGACAGCCAUAGUCCUCCCCCGCUCCCAGGCCCGGGUCCGUGGGCACCGUGAGUCCUCCACGGGCUCGGGCCCUCUGGAGGCCUCCCACACAGGGCCUGGCGGCCAGCGCUGGGGCCUGAAGCCCGCUCCCCCUGCUUCACAGGGCUCCGGUCCUGCAGCAGCCCCCAGCCUGUCACCAGCCGGUGACACUGAGACACGACCAGUGUCUAGAACGUUGGACUUUAUUUUCCCCCAUGAAAAGCACCCACACGCAUUUCCUUCUAGUCCUUCUAAGGCAGGGGGAAAUGCGUGUGUGUGUGCGUGUGCGUCUCUGUGUGUGUGUGUGUGUGUGUGUGUGUGUGUGCAUGCGCGCCCGCGCACAUUGAGAGAGAGAAGAAGAGCACUAAGACGGGCCGCGCCCCGGGUGGGCUCCUUGCUCCGUCGUCCCACCUGGGGGUCGCACGCCUUGAGGGCACCCCGGACUCUGUCACCGGGAGUCUAAUUAGCAGAACGCUGGCGAGUCUUUCUAGAAAUUCUCCCUCACUGUCUGGCUCGUGUGCAGCUACAGACAUUCCUUUGGGAGGAGCAGGUGUUCCCCGUCCUUGGCUCCUUCCAGGGGCACCUGUCUCCUCACGCACAGGUCCCUGUUGCGUCGGAAACCUCGUGCAUCUGUGUGCGUCUGUGUUGGUGUCUCCGUGCUCGUGUCCGCGUGGGUGUGUGCGUGGCACCCGGUCGCCUAGCUGUGGCGCGCACUCCUGCUCAGCGGGUGCGGUCCGGGCGCCGUGCUACGUGCUGUGGCUCAACAGUGGCUUUUUCUGAGACCCUUGUGCUUCGUCCGAGCCCGUCGGGUUGUGGCAUCUUUGGAUCUGCAGGGAUCUUCUCUGUUUGCAUGUUCCCCGGGGUGGCGCGUCCCUGGCUCCCUCGGUCUGAUGUGCGUCCCCUGCCUGCAUGAACUUCUGGUUCCGUGUCGUGUGCCCAGUGCCACCCAUCGUCCUGUGACCAUCCGCGUAGCUACUGAGAAAUCUCUGGAGAAGCAAGCCAAGGGUGUCGGGGGAGGUCAUGGGAGGGACCCAUAUCCCUCUCCCUCCUCCCCACUCCCCAAACACACCAACAAGUGUUUUUCACGUGUAGGUUGACAAGGAGCCUAAACAAAGCCCAUGACUGGGACAGAGCGAGAGCUUGGAAUCACCCCUCUAGACCAGGUCGGCCCCACCCCUCACUUGGCCCCCCUCUCAGCUGCUGCUUAGGCAAGGCUCAGAGGGGGCUGGGUGCUGUCCUGCCAGCACCCCCCACCAGCCCCUGCCGAUCGCGGACCCCAGACCACCCUCCGCCCUCGUGGCCGGGGUGGGAGCUGUCCGUCAGGACCACAAGCCAUCCUCUGCCCUAGCUAGAGACGGGCAGAGCACACCCCAGACGCUAUGCCUACUGUCCCUUUGGCCUCCGGCCUGUUCACCUUCCUGGCCCUCCCUUGACGCCCCUGCGGUGCCAGGGACAGAAGCUGACAUUCGGCUCCCUCCCCGCCUCUAGCUGGAGCCUGUGCCAAGCCCCUUGACUCCCUCACUGUGUUAACAUUUGGCACUUUGCCGGCCCCAAGAAAGGUCGAUGACACAGCCACAAAUCUAAUCCACGUAGUCUCCCAUCUCCUCCUUAAUCUGAUCGACACUCCCUCUUGCACUGAAUAACACAUGCCUAUCUCAGGUAAGAAGUUUUAUAAACUAAGAAGACACACAGCACUGCCGAGGCGGUGUUAGCUCUUGCCGAGCUGGUGUCCCACAGCUCCCUGGGGGUCCGAGGUGGGGGAGCUGCCGACAGAGGCUCUCCGGGCUCUCGGAGCUUAGAUCCCACUGGAAUCGUAAGCCUUCUUGCUUUUGAUAACACAGUAUUAUUUCUCUUACUGUAGAAGAAAAAGUUUAUUACCAAACAAGAGUAUUUUUAUGAAAGAAAAGGACAAACCUAUAAAAUUAACUCACCUUAUAUCUCCCUGGAAAAUACUUUCAGGCUCCGCCAAAACAUAGGACUGAAAGCAUGUAUUUUGGAAGAAAGAGAUACAUUUUGUAUGCUUUCUUUUCCUUUUGUAGAUUCCCCGUUUAUUUUCUAAGAGUGCAAAGAUCACUUUGUCACCAGCCCUGGGACCUGAGACCAAGGGGGUGUCUUGUGGGCAGUGAAGAGGGGGGAGAGGCUGGCGUGAGGUUCAGUCAUUCUAAUGAGCUCCAAAGAGGGGCCGCCUGCGCUCAGAGGUGUUGGGGACCAGGAUGCGAAUUGGCCAUUUAUGGUAGACCCUUUGCCUCGGAGCUGGCUUAAGUCGAGGACUUGAUCAGUUCCAAUCCUGGUAGGAAAAACUAGGGUUACGUGUUGUUAACACGAAGAAGAGAGUAUCCUUUAGAAUUUCAUGGCAACCAGAACGUGGCUUGACACAGCCGUGGUUUCAUCUCUUCAAACACAGUGUGUAAGUUUAUUCAGCUAAUGACAGGAAAUGUGUCACUUCCAUGCACCGUGGACUUAAGUGCAAUUUGUUGAAGGGGAACAAGUCAUUGAGGAGGAAAAAAAAAAAAAAAGCCCAAUACUUAGAGUCCCAAUCUUGUCUUAUUUGCCAAAAAAAAAAAAAAAAAAAAAAAUCCAACAAAGCAAACCCCCUCUGGUUGAUAUUGUUAUAAUGUAUAUACUGUAUAAUAUGAGAAUAUCGAUGUAUCUUACUUUUUCAUUAUUUGCUAACCAAAGCUGUACAUUUUUCAUAUGAUCUGCAGCCUUUUGGGUAUCAAAUGGGUCAAAACCAUGGGACCUGCCACCUCCCAUCAGCAAUUCUGGAAAUGCACUAUUUCUACUGGUAUUGCUUUUUUUUUCAUUUUCUUGCUGAAACGACAUGAAUUGUUGAGUUUAUUUUUACACAGUAAAGAGUGAAGAAAGA